UCUAUGAACUACAACAGGGCGCAGCACGAGAUGGUGACGAGAACUGGGGACUCCACGGGGCGUCUCAUGAGGUAUGACCCGCGAACCUCAGAUGUCACGGUGCUUCAGAUAGACAUGACCUACCCUAAUAGCGUCGCCGUCAGCACCGACCGUACACACCUUGUGGUUGCAUCGACCGGUCCUUGCAAGCUACUAAGGCACUGGAUCAAAGGUCCCAACACUGGAAGAUCCGAGCCUUUUGCCGACCUCCUAGGGUAUCCUGAUAAUGUGAGACCUAGCAACAAGGGAGGUUAUUGGGUGGCUUUACACCGUGAGAAAAACGAACUUCCUUUGGGCCGGGAUAGCCAUUUGCUCGCUGUGAGGGUCGGCUCCAACGGAAAGAUACUAGAAGAGAUGAGAGGUCCCAAGAGUGUGAGACCGACCGAGAUCAUGGAGAGGGAGAAUGGCAAAAUCUACAUGGGUUCCGUGGAGCUGCCUUACGUCAGUGUAGUUAAACGCAAAUGA